CUCCAAAAAGCUGUAGAUGAGACAGUCAAAGAAAUGGAUGGAUGCGAGGACCCUGUUGCCGUCCUGAGGUGCUUCCAGCAACACUUUUUAAGAGGACGCAAGCUCGACCUAGAAGAAGAGGACAUAUCGAACUUCAACUUACUGGAAGGAGAUACACGCGAAAUAUUUGUUUCUAGAUUUGCUUUAUUUGAUGAUGCGAUGGCCGAGUUGACUCUCAACCAGGUUGAAAUCGACUAUAGCAUUCCGUUGAAUGUCACCUACAAUGGGGAGUGUGCAAUGGAUUAUGGGGGGCCGAGGAGYCAGUUUCUAUGCACAGUUAUGAAGGAGGUAAAAGAUAGGCUGUUUGAGGAACACGAAGAUGAAUCUCUUGUCCUAAUAAGAGAUAAAGCAGCACUAUACAAACAGUAUUUUUUCGGGGCUGGUGUCAUAUUCGGAUACAGCUUACUGCAAGGUYGACCUCUUCCUUCAUUUCUCCAUGAAAGUAUGAUUACGAAGUUAUUCGUAGAUAUUGAAGUUUCCAAGGAGGAGCAACAGUUUAGAGAAGGAUUAUCCAAAUUUGGUCUACUCAAGCUCUUCAAAUUGAAAGCAUGUCUGAAAUUUCUGUUCGUUAAAACGGCAACUCAUCCGAUGAGUUACCCAAAGCUAGUGAGGUUGCUGAAACCAGAGUUUUCAGAAGAUGGAACGAAUGCCAGGAUAUCAGAAGAAAAAARUUAUAGAUUUUUCCUAAACUACUUAAAGGAAGUUGCAGCUGGGAGGAGAUCAAUUGUGCCCUCUUUAGAAAUGGUGGUCAAGUUUGUAACAGGGAGCGAAAAUGAACCCGUACUAGGCUUUGCCAUUCCGCCGAAAGUCGAGUUCUCACAUCAAUGCCAGUCUUGCUUCCCUACAAGCAACACUUGCGCUAAUAAKCUCGCGCUUCCAUGUGGCGAUGUUCUGCCCAAAGAUGAGAAGAGUAUUUUCGAGUUUUAUGACAUGGCUUUUGGCAGCGAUUAUUUUGGAAAGGCUUAAAAGAGGUAUCACCAUGCUGAACAGUGAAUUCUUUGUCGCUCCUUUUGUAUGUACAAUGUAUUCUUAGAUAUAYUCUAGRUUGCACAAAAAAUGUGAUCAAUGUAUGCCUUUAAUAGUAUAUGCCUUUAAUAGUAUUACAACGAAAACAAGAGACAAAGAAGGUGCCUUUUGAAAUUUAAAAACAAUAGAUUGGCAAAAUGUUGUCUAUACGAAAUAUAACAUUUGCCAUACAGAAAAAAGCUAYGAAAUUUACCGUAUUUUAGUAAAGUGAAUAAAUCAAAUAGACAAAAGAUCAAUGAGGCUGAACGCUCUCUUUUGUCUUGUUUUAAUUUCUUCCUUUUUAUUGAUUUUUAUAAAUUCAUGUAAAUAUAUCAAAGAUCAUAUUAAGAUCAGUUUUUUUUAAAUUAGUGUAUAUACCUACUUG